CCGCACAGUCCAACACAAGCUCUAGCCCUCAAAAAAAAAAGUCCAACACAAGCUCCAUUCCCCUUCCCACAAACCCUAACCCUAACCCUAGGCUUGGCGCCGUUUGAGCCGCCGGAGGCAAUGCCGCCAGGAGGAGGAGGAGGAGGCGAAGGCGAACAUGGGUACGAGAAGCCGGCGGAGGCAUUGCCGCCAGGAGCAGGAGGAGGCGAGCACGGGCAUGUGUACGGGGAACCGGCGGCCGCCCACGGAGGGCAACGCCGCGACGAGGAGGAUCCAUCCCGUUCUUCCCCGCUUCCGCCGCCGUUGCUGCCCGGCCUCCCCGUCGUCUCCGUAGAGUAUGAGGAGGAGAAUAAGAAGAAGCAGAAGCACGAGCAGGCCGAGGUGAGCAUCCCCGAGGACAUCCUCAUGGAGAUCCUGUCGCGGGUGCCCUACAGGUCGCAAUGCCGCUUCAAGUGCGUGUCCAGGCCAUGGCUUGCCCUCUGCUCCGACCGCGGCGUCCGCAAGAGGUCCCCGCAGACGCUCUCCGGAUUCUUCUACUUGAAUCGCGGUUUACGCUUCCACAAUUUGUCGGGGAAAGGCCCUCCGAUGGUCGACCCUGAUCUCCCUUUCUUGCGCAGCACCUAUGAAUGCUUCUAUGUCGAACAAUGCAGCACCAGCCUUCUCCUCUGCAAAUGCUUGAAAUCGCCCCAGCCUAUGCAACACGGUUGGAAUUCAUUUCCAGAAGGUGAGCCUAAUCAAAGCUUCACAAGGACUGAGGCUAAUGGCGCCGAUUAUGUUGUCUGCAACCCUGCUACCCAGGAGUGGACUUCGCUACCUCCUAUAAAAUUGGGCGACCUGGCACAGGGACACCUGUACCGUUUCUCCCGACGCAAAUACUUUUUGGGUUUUGACCCAGCAGUUCCUUCCCGCUUUGUGGUAUUUGUGUCCCUGAUCCCAAAAUAUGUUGGCCUCUCCAUGACAAUGUUUUGCUCAUCAGAAACUGGGGGAUGGACUGCCAUGCAGGGUCAGCGUCAUUAUCUCAGAACACAUCGAUUUGGUGCCUUCCUGAAUGGCACUAUGCACUGGUAUACUCGUUUGUCAAUAGUCACAGUGGACAUGAAGGGGAAUGCUUGCAUGGAAAUUAAAAUGCCACCUGCCAUUAUGAAAAAUGACAGUGCUGUUCCUUUUGUUGGGCAGUCGCAGGGACGCUUGUAUGCUUCGAGUAUAGACAACCAAGAUGGUUGCCAACUCACUGUUUGGAUUCUUGAGAAUUAUGCUACUGGACAGUGGAACCUAAAGUGUACUGUUAGCUGCUUGGAACUGAUCGGACGAGAUUCUCUCAAAGAAGGUGAGUGCUACCGGACGUUUGCAAUUCAUCCGGAUUGUGAUUUGAUUUUCUUUACUGACGGUAAGGAGAAGGCAUUGUCAUAUGAUAUGACUAACCAGGAAGUGCAUGUUGUCUCUUCUUCUGGAGAUUUCCUGGGAGGUCUUCCUUACAUUCCCUGUUUUGCGGAGUGGAAAUCAGAUGGUCACUAGAGACUUGGCGUACUCAGUGUGGCACUAGCGACUUGGUAGAGACAUCAGUUGUUGGGUACUAUAUGCUAAAUCUUGUAGUAGUUCUGAAUCUGUGUGUUGGAUUAGGCAUACAAUAGGGUGAUGCCCUUUUGCACCUCAGUUUGUUUUUCCGUUGGUGUCUGGGUGCAUGCCCUUUUGUUGCUUUGAACAAUGUUGGUUAGCUAUGAAGAAUCAGUCACUGGCUCUCCAAUGGGAAUGUUUAGCUGUAUGAAUGAACCUAUUCACUAAUCUAUUCGCCUUCAUGUAAUAGUUAUUGAUGCCACUCUUGUAGCUCGU